AUGAAGUUGGUGAAUGAGUAUGGCUGGAGCUGGCCAUUAGGGCAUAUGGAGAACUGGCUUAUUUUGGCUAAGAAUGGACUUAUGUCAAUUUCUCCAUGUUAUUUGAUUCUUGUGUCCGAUAGAGGCACAAUUAAUCUUGAUAAAAUUUCUACUAGCUGGGCCAUAUUGUUAUCUCAAGAAGUAGAUUCUAAAAUACCUUCUCUUUCAAUCCAAGAGGUUGCUCGGACAACUCUCUCUACUACAUGGAGAGAAUCCCAUGUGAAGCUGUUACACAUGACAUAUUUCACACCAGAAAAGGAAAUUAGAUGUGGGAAAACGAACUUCACUGUUUGCCCUAAAUGCUCGUUUUCCCUCUGCAAAUCUUCUGCAGAUGCUAUGUUUCUGUCCAAAAAUGAAGAAUUGAAAUUCAAUGGCUGUAAUUCGGGCACACAGGGAAUCUGGUAUGAGACAAGUAACCCAGACUUUAAAGUUGGCGUGGACGGCGCAGUUUACACAGCCCGCAAGGUCAGGAUCCCCGCCAAACAGGCUGUGUUUGUGGUGGCAGCUGGGGACCAUCAGACGCCUGAGAAAUGGGAAGCUGCAAUUCGACUGCUGGUAGAUGAAAAGCCAGUUAAUCAAAGUCUACACCAGACUGGCAGCUAUGUAACGAAUAAAAAGCAUCAGCAAACACCGAGUGGCACUUUGCUCCUUUGGCGCCAACAUCGCAGUGGGCUGAGAAGACAGAAGAGAGACUGGGUGAUUCCACCUAUUAAUGUCCCUGAAAACUCAAGGGGUCCCUUCCCUGAGCAGCUGGUGCGGAUCCGAUCUGAUAAGGACCAAGGAAGUGUAAUCAGAUACAGCAUCACAGGUGUGGGUGCCGACCAACCUCCCAUGGGUAUCUACAAUAUAGACCCUGUCUCUGGCCGUAUGUAUGUGACAAGACCCCUGGACCGAGAGGAGCGAUCAUCUUAUCAUCUCAGGGCUCAUGCUGUCGAUAUGAAUGGAAACAAGGUUGAAAAUCCAAUUGAUCUCUCAAUUUAUGUCAUUGACAUGAAUGACAAUCGACCAGAGUUCUCAAGCCUCGUCUUCAACGGGUCAGUGGAUGAAGCGUCCAAACCAGGUACAUAUGUUAUGACGGUAACUGCUCAUGAUGCAGAUGACAUCACUACGUCUAAUGGGAUUGUUAUGUAUCGGAUUGUGGCACAGAGCCCCCAGAGCCCAUCUCAAGACAUGUUUGUGAUACACAGUGAAACUGGAGCCAUUAAUACAGUGGCUGCAGGACUGGACAGGGAGAAGGUCCAGCAGUACACUGUGGUUAUUCAGGCCACUGAUAUGGAAGGGAACCUGAACCAUGGCCUCUCAAAUACAGCCACAGCUAUAAUUACAGUGGCAGAUGUUAAUGACAACCCUCCUGAAUUUACAUCCAAAAUGUUUAUUGGUGAGGUGCCAGAGAACCGUUUGGAUGUGGUGGUGGCCAAUUUGACAGUGGUGGAUAGGGACCAGCCACACACUGCAAACUGGAACGCGGUCUAUAAGAUCAUCAGCGGAGACACAUCCAAUCACUUCACCAUCAGGACAGACCCGGUGACCAAUGAUGGAGUUGUAACUGUUGUGAAGCCGGUUGACUAUGAACUCAACAAGGCGUUUUUGUUAACGGUCAUGGUAACAAACCAGGCGCCAUUAGCCAGCGGGAUCCGGAUGUCCCUGCUGUCUACCUCAACUGUCACUAUCUCUAUCACUGAUGUAAAUGAAGCUCCUUAUUUUCCCAGUCAAAAUGAGCCCAUCAGACAAUUUGAAGGGGAACCAGCAGGGCGAUUACUAACUACGUUCACUGCUGUAGAUCCUGACCGCUUCAUGCAACAAGCCAUAAGAUACUCCAAAAUAUCCGAUCCUGCAAACUGGCUUACCAUCAAUGCCACAAGUGGAGAGGUGUUUACCACUGCAGUUUUGGACCGUGAGUCUCCUUUUGUGAAGGAUGACAUAUAUGAAGCAAAAUUCCUGGCUGGGGACAAUGGCAUUCCUCCUACCAGUGGUACUGGCACAUUGCAGAUCCACCUAAUUGACAUUAAUGAUAAUGCCCCAGAACUCCUUCCCAAAGAAGCACAGAUCUGUGAGAGACCAAACUCUAAUGGUGUCAACAUUACAGCCACAGAUGUGGACCGUAGGCCCAGUGGGGAUCCCUUUGUCUUUGAAUUGCCUUUUGUGCCCUCCACUAUCCGACGGAACUGGACCAUAACCAGGAUAAAUGGAAACUAUGCUCGACUGAGUCUUCAGAUUGGGUACCUAGAGUCUGGGAUGUAUGAAGUCCCCAUCAUUGUGACUGACUCAGGGAACCCUCCUCUCUACAACACUUCUAUUAUUAAAGUGAAGGUUUGCCCUUGUGAUGAAAAUGGAGACUGCACAACCAUAGGAGCUGUGGCCGCUGCAGGAUUGGGCACAGGAGCGAUCAUCUCAAUACUCAUCUGUAUAAUCAUCCUGCUGUCUAUGGUCUUGCUGUUUGUGAUGUGGAUGAAGCGCAGGGAAAAGGAGAGGCACACCAAGCAGCUUCUGAUUGACCCUGAAGAUGACGUGAGAGACAAUAUCCUAAAAUAUGAUGAGGAGGGAGGAGGCGAAGAAGACCAGGAUUAUGACCUAAGCCAGCUACAACAACCAGAGACUUUAGACCAUGUCUUGAACAAAGUGGCUGGAGUGAGAAGAGUGGAUGAAAGACCAGUUGGAGCUGAGCCCCAGUAUCCUAUCAGACCAGUGAUUCCACAUCCAGGGGACAUUGGGGAUUUUAUUAGUGAGGGACUACGAGCAGCAGACAACGAUCCGACCGCACCUCCUUACGACUCUCUACUGGUUUUCGACUACGAAGGCAGUGGGUCCACCGCUGGCUCAGUGAGCUCACUAAAUUCCUCCAGUUCUGAAGAACAGGACUUUGAAUACUUAAAUGACUGGGGGCCUCGCUUUAAAAAACUGGCUGACAUGUAUGGUGCUGGCGAGGAAGAUUGAUGGAAACUCUACGUCUUGAAGAAGGAACAAAAUUCUCCUCAUUUGUACAGUGGCAGCUUUCUCUUUUUUUAAUAUUAAACAACCAUCUCCCCUUACUCCUUCCCCUGGACUGCAUUAUUUUAGUGGCAAAUUAGGGAAAUACCUUUUCCUGCUUUUGGUUUAUUUUUGCUAGUAUUUAAAGCAGAAUCCCAAAUGUUUUCAUUUUUUUUAUCACUCUGCACCAGGUAGUCUCUAAAUAUCAGUUGAACAACUUCUUUGCUUGAAGAUUAAAACAACUUUUAUUACGAAUAAGAAUCUCUUAGUGUUGCAAGAGUUAAAGGUACGCUAUCAUCAAGUUUAAUGUCAAAAACCAGUUAAAGGGACAUAAAACAACUUGAAACUGUAAUAUAUAAUGUUUAAUUAUGUAUAGUAUACAAUAUUUGCAAUAUACUUUCAUUAUUUAUAUCCACCCUCCUCCUUUCUAGUAAU